UACCGCAGCUCCAUCUCCGAGAAAACAAAGAGCCCAAGUUAAUGCUUCUUCAUCACGCUAGAAAUCAGCAAUCACUCUCAACUCCUUUCAAAUUGCUUCUGCUAGAGGCAUCAAAUAGGGAGUUGAAUUUGUCAAACAUUUAUCAUGGGCGUAACAAACUCCUCCUCUAAAGAUCUGAUCGGCAUAUCUGCUGCAAAUUCGGAGCACGGUUCUCAGUUAUUUCAAUCAUCACAUGGGUGAUUUUCUGGUUCCGAGAUCUCCGUUCAAACUAGGGUUUAUCUCCUAUAAAGUUGCUACUCAAACCUUCAAGAAAUACACAGGGAACACAGCAAAAAUUAGGAGGGUUUGUGAGAUUGGAUUGUUGAUAUUGACAGUAUUGAAGGUGAGCGAUCUCCAUUGACGGCGGACCGGAAGGCAGCUGCUGCAUCGGUGAAUGAGCGGUGGAACACCUAAUCCUAAACUCAAGCGAAUCAGGAAGUAUAUCGAUUCUGUGAACAUCAUAAGUCACGAGAGAUUAAUCUACGCCUUUCAAAUAGAUCAACCAGAAGAGGUGAAACCAGAGGAAGUUAAACCAACAGAAGAUAGUCUAAAAGGAGCGAAAAUGGGUGAACGAACUUUGAAGGAGAUGGCUGCCCCAAAUACGGGUGAUGAUCCUCUGUCCAUUGUGUUUCCAGAGCUAGACAAACCCCUCAAACUGAAUUCAGGUUUCCUUAAUUUUCUUCCCAAAUACUAUGGGAAAUCAGGUGAAUGAGCGGUGGAACACCUAAUCCUAAACUCAAGCGAAUCAGGAAGUAUAUCGAUUCUGUGAACAUCAUAAGUCACGAGAGAUUAAUCCACGCCUUUCAAAUAGAUCAACCAGAAGAGGUGAAACCAUAGGAAGUUAAACCAACAGAAGAUAGUCUAAAAGGAGCGAAAAUGGGUGAACGAACUUUGAAGGAGAUGGCAGCCCCAAAUACGGGUGAUGAUCCUCUGUCCAUUGUGUUUCCAGAGCUAGACAAACCCCUCAUACUGAAUUCAGGUUUCCUUAAUCUUCUUCCCAAAUACUAUGGGAAAUCAGGUGAGAAUCCUCAUCGACAUUUUAAAGAGUUUAAGGUUGUUAGUUCUUCUAUGAAUCUUGAAGGAGUUGAACGAGAUCAUAUUAGAUUGCAUGCUUUUCCUUUUUCUUUGCAAGAUUUGGCUAAAGAUUGGUUGUAUGAUCUUCCUGCUGGAUCAAUUACGACUUGGAAUGUUAUGGUAUCAACUUUUCUAGGAAAGUACUUUCCAGCAAGUCUAAUUGGAUCCAUCAAGAAGGAGAUAUGUGGCAUUAGGCAACAUGAUAAUGACUCCUUGUAUGAGUAUUGGGAACGUUUUAAGAGAUUAUGUUCAUCCUGUCCCCAACAUCAGAUUAGUGACCAACUAUUAAUUCAAUACUUUUAUGAAGGCCUAUUGCCUACUGAUAGGGCUAUGAUAGAUGCUUUGAGUGGGGGUGCAUUAGUGGAUAAAACACCAACCCAAGCUAGGGAUUUAAUUUCUAAUAUGGCUCAAAACACCCAACAACAUGGUACUAGAAAUGAUGUUAAAAGAGUAAAUGGAGUUGAUUUAAUUGGUAUUCAGAAUCAAUUACAAGAAAAUGCUCAACAAAUUGCUACCUUAACUACUCCCGUGUCUAAAUUUGUUGCUAGUAACGAGUCUAAAGAUAGAGUUUGUGGAAUUUGCUAUAAUGAGUCUCAUCCUACUGAUAAAUUCCCUGACCUGCAAUCUGAAGAUGUGAAUGCUAUAGGUGGUUAUUCUGGUCAAUGAAAAUAUGAUCCUUACUCACAGACUUAUAAUGAAGGUUGGAAAGACCACCCUAAUCUAAGGUUUGGAAAUAGACCACAACUUCCACAAUCUAAUCAACCAAGGCAAUAUGGUUAACCUAAUCAUCCACCCCAAUCUGGUCCUUCACUAGAAGACUUAGUUAAACAACUCACUAAUCAAAUAGGGCAAGUUCAUAACCAGGGUGUUGAGUAUCAAAAGAAAACUGACACGCGCCUUCAUCACAUAGACACUCAAAUAGGUUAGAUUUGCACUUCUCUGAGUAAUCUUGAAACUCAACUAUCAGGUAAACUUCCAUCACAAACAAUCCCUAAUCCCAAUGGUCAUGUUAAAGCUAUCACACUUAGGAGUGGUAAAGUAUUAACUGGGCCUAAAAUGAAAAGUCAUGAAGUUGAAAAAGAGAUAGAAGUCAAUCCUAAAGUUGGAUCAGGGGAAAGAGUGGAAAGUGAGGGUACUGUGAAGGACAAUGAAAAAGAAAAUGAAGGGAAGAGUAAAACCGAAUCUGAUUCUGUUGUUUCUCGUUUUAAAGAAUUGCCUCCUUUCCCUUCUCGAUUUGCUAAAGCUAAGAAAGAGAGUCUUGACAAUGAAAUUCUAGAAAACUUUAGGAAAAUUGAAGUCAAUAUUCCCUUUCUUGAUGCCAUUAAACAAGUACCUCGUUAUGCAAAGUUUCUUAAGGAACUAUGUACUAACAAAAGACAGUUUCGUCCUUCUGAAAAGGUAAGUAUGGGGGAAAAUAUUUUAGCUAUUAUUCAAAAGAAACUUCCCCCUAAGUGUAAGGAUCCUGGCAUGUUUUGUAUUCCUUGCAAAAUUGGAGAUUCUAAGUUUGAUAGGUGUAUGCUAGAUUUAGGAGCCUCCAUUAAAGUUAUGCCGAAAUCUGUUUAUGAUACUUUAAAUGUGGGUUCGUUGUCUAAAACUGUUAUUGUUAUUCAGUUAGCUGAUAGAUCUAACGCAUUUCCAAUAGGAGUCUUAGAAGAUGUACUUGUGCAAGUGAAUGAAUUGGUAUUUCCUGCUGAUUUUUAUGUUCUUGAUAUGGGUUAUAGAAGCGAUAGUGUUCCACUGUUGUUUGGUAGACCAUUCCUAAAAACUUCUAAGACUAAAAUUGAUGUUCAUGAGGGUAACUUAACUAUGGAAUUUGAUGGGGAAAUAAUUAUAUUUAAUAUUUUUGAUGCUAUGAGAUACCCAAGUGAUAUCAAUAAUGUCAGUUCUAUAGAUAAUUUUGAUGCUUUUGAUUGGAUGGCUCAAGAUGUAUUUGAUAAGUGGUGUGACAAACUGUUUGAAAAUGAUGUUCCUGAUUAUAUGCGUGAAAUUUCUUAUUCUUCUGUUCUAGCCGCGUCUGAUGUGGUUGAUGUGAAUGAAAAGUCAGAUUUUUCUUUGCCUUUAUCUGUGCCUAAAUUGAUUCCUUCUAUUGUGCAAGCACCUAUUUUAGAGUUAAAACCCUUGCCCUCUAAUCUGAAAUAUGUUUAUUUGGAUGCUAAUGAGACAUUGCCUGUGAUUAUUUCAAGCUCAUUAAAUGAAAUUCAAGAAGCAAAGUUGUUGAAUGUGCUUAAAAAUUAUAAAGAGGCAAUAUGAUGGACUUUAGCAGACAUAAAAGGUAUUAGUCCCACCUUAUGCAUGCAUAGAAUAUUUCUUGAACAGAAUGCUAAACCAACUAGAGAGACUCAACGAAGGUUAAACCCUUCAAUGAGGGAAGUUGUUCAAAAGGAAAUUACUAAAUGGAUAAAUGCGGAUGUGAUGUUAUGUUCUCUAGAAUUGACAGAGUUCUCUCCAACUCUGCAUGGGAUGUUAUGUUCCCCAAUGCAGAAGCUUUAUACCUCCCUGAGGCACCUAUGACCAUUGCCCCAUGGUUCUGAGUUCCUACCCCACCAUACACCAGAAGAAGCCAUUCAGAUUUUAUAACAUGUGGACAUCAUCAGAUGAGUUCAUACCCAUUGUGGAAAGGAACUGGUCAAAAUAUAUUUAUGGUUGUGUGAUGUUCAGAAUCAUUCAGAAGCUGAAAUAGAUCAAGCAUGAUCUGAAACUCCUAAACAAAACUGGUUACAGCAAUGUUGAGGCAACCAAAGUUCAGAUACAAGCCCAUCUGGCUAAGAUUCAGGAUAAACUUAACUCUGAUCCCACCAACAUUGAUUUAUCUACAGCAGGGAAAAAUGCUGCAGCUGACUAAGGAAAGCACAAGACAAUCUGUUGUCUUUCCUACACCAAACAGCCAAAGUGCAUUGGCUUGAAAAGGGAGAUGAAAACACCAAAGCCUUUUAUCAGAGCAUCAAACAAAGAAGGAAAUACAAUACCAUCCAUUCCAUUCAAAAUGCUGCAGGGGUGUGGGUGAAUUCACCUAAGGAGGUCCAAGUUGCUUUCUUGGACUUUUACAGGAACCUUUUUUGCUACAAAAAAGACAACAGGAUUCCCAUCCAGAAAAGCAUCAUGGAUAGAGGGCCAAGGCUCACUGAGACCCACAGGAAUUCUCUCAGUUGUAAAUCCUCUUUGAAUGAUGUCAAGAGAGUUCUGGAUAGCAUACCAAGCAAUAAAGCUCCUGGUUUAGAUGGUUUCAAUAGCCACUUCUACAAAAGGUCCUGGGACAUCAUCAAGAAUGAUCUCCUUGCUGCAGUGAAUGACUUCUUUGAAACUAGGAAAAUGCUAAGAGAGAUUAAUGUCACUUCAAUCACCUUGAUCCCAAAAAUAAAUGUUCCUUCUACAGUAAGUGAUUUCAGACCAAUAGCCUGUUGCUCAGUUCUGUACAAAUGCAUAUCCAAGCUUUUGUGUGAUAAGUUGGGUUCAGUGCUGCCAGAUAUCAUUUGUCCUAACCAGAGAGCCUUUGUGAAAGGGAGAUCCAUUCUCCACAAUGUCCUGGUGUGCCAGGAUAUAAUCAAGAUGUACAGGAAAGGUCAACUUCAAGCUAACUGUAUGAUGAAGCUGGAUCUCAAAAAAGCUUAUGAUAUAGUUGAGUGGGACUUUAUUGAGGAAGUUCUACUGGACCUGGGUUUUCCUACUCAUUUUAUUCAAUUGAUCAUGACUUGCCUGACAACCACUCAAUACUCAAUUCUGAUCAAUGGAGCACCUACAGAACUGAUUCACCCAAGAAGAGGGUUGAGACAAGGUGACCCUUUGUCACCAUUGCUCUUUACUCUUUGCAUGGAGUAUCUCACAAGAGCAAUGACAUCCAUUGGUGAUCAAACUGAUUUUGGAUUCCACUCUAGAUGGAGAAGAUUAAAGCUUAACCACCUUUGCUUUGCAGAUGACCUUCUUCUAUUCUGUAAAGGUGAUGCUCAGUCUGUGAAUUUAGCUCUACAAGGUUUGAAAUGGUUUUCUGACACCACUGGGCUAGAGGUUAAUGCCAAUAAAUCAUCUCUUUAUUGCCGUGGCAUGUCUGAUUCUCAAUCACAGGAAAUGGCCACUCUUACUGGUUUCAAGUUGGGAUCUCUUCCUUUUUCUUAUCUUGGUGUUCCAGUCAGUCCAUAGAAAAUGAAAGCUAAGGAUUGUGAUUGCCUCAUUGAUAAAAUGACCUCCAAAAUCAAAAUUUGGAGCUCUAGGAAUCUCUCCUUUGCUGGUAGAGCUCAACUAGUGAAUUCUGUCCUGAUGAGCAUCUGUGUAUACUGGUCUCAAAUGUUUUUGCUUCCUAGUGCUAUUCUUAAAAAAAUUAAAGCUGUAUGCAGAUCUUUCCUCUGGUUUGGCACCUAUGAUGAUAGCAGACCAGGAGCAGUUGCCUGGGAUAAUUUAUGUCAACCAAAAGCACAGGGGGGUCUUGGGUUUAGGAACAUCUUAAUUUGGAACCAAGCAGCUGUUGGGAAACAGGUAUGGGCUAUUGCUCAAAAGCAAGACAACCUAUGGGUCAAGUGGAUCCAUACUGUCUAUGUGAAAGACAAAGAUUGGAGCCAUUUCACUGCCCCCACUGCUGCUAGCUGGGUAGUAAAGGUACUAUGCAAAAUCAAAAGCCACUGCAAUCACCAACUCAAUUCUACUCAAUGGCUGGCUAAGCCCAAGUACUCCAUCAGGGACACCUACAGUGAGUUUGCACUCAAGGAGCCAAAGUUCAAUGGCAAUCUUAUGUCUGGAACAGGUUGAGUGUUCCUAAACAUAGAUUCAUUCUAUGGCUUGCUCUUUUGGACAGAUUAAAGACUAAAGACAGAUUGUAUAAGUUAAAUAUCAGCACUGAUGAUUUGUGCCCUGUGUGUGGGACUGGCACUGAAUCCACAAUGCAUCUCUUUUUUGAGUGCUCUUUUGGCACUGCUUGCACGCAGCAGGUCUUGGCCUGGUUGGGAUUCCAACAAGGCAGAAACUCCAUGUUACCUCUCUUGAAGUGGAUCCAGAGAUAUGGUAGAAGCAAGGUUCAUAAAACCAUCUUAUACACUGAAAUUGCAUGUCUGGUGUACCACAUAUGGAAGGCAAGGAACUCUACAGUGUGGAACUUGAAGGUUCCUAGUAUCAAGUGUAUUGUUCAGGCUGUACAAACUGAAGUGAAGGGUAGAGUGACUAAUCUCAUAAGUAGUAAAGCAAGUACAAGGGAUAGGGACUGGUUUUUCAACC